AUCAUCCUCUCUUAUUUCUUGCAGAGUUCCAGGACUGCGCGCUCAGAGGAGGACCGUGAAGGCCUCUGGGAUGCCUGGGGCCCUUGGAGUGAGUGCUCCCGCACCUGUGGUGGGGGUGCCUCCUACUCUCUGAGACGCUGCCUGAGCAGCAAGAGCUGUGAAGGAAGAAAUAUUCGAUAUAGAACAUGCAGUAAUGUGGACUGUCCACCAGAAGCAGGUGAUUUUCGAGCUCAGCAGUGUUCUGCUCAUAAUGAUGUCAAGUACCAUGGCCAGUUUUAUGAAUGGCUUCCUGUGUCUAAUGACCCUGACAACCCAUGUUCACUCAAGUGUCAAGCCAAAGGAACCAGCCUAAUCGUUGAACUAGCACCAAAGGUCUUAGAUGGAACCCGAUGCUAUACAGAAUCACUGGAUAUGUGCAUCAGCGGCUUAUGUCAAAUUGUUGGCUGUGAUCACCAGUUGGGAAGCACCGUCAAGGAGGAUAACUGUGGGGUCUGCAACGGAGAUGGGUCCACCUGCCGGCUGGUCCGAGGGCAGUAUAAAUCCCAGCUCUCUGCAACUAAAUUGGAUGACACUGUGGUUGCCAUUCCUUAUGGAAGCAGACACAUCCGCCUUGUCUUAAAGGGGCCAGAUCAUUUGUACCUAGAAACUAAGACACUCCAGGGGACUAAAGGUGAAAACAGUCUGAGCUCUGCCGGCACUUUCCUUGUGGACAAUUCUACAGUGGACUUCCAGAAACUUCCAGACAAAGAGAUACUGAGGAUGGCUGGGCCACUAACAGCAGAUUUCAUCAUCAAGAUCCAUGACUCAGGGCCUGCAGACAGCACAGUCCAGUUCAUCUUCUAUCAGCCGAUCAUCCACCGAUGGAGGGAAACAGACUUCUUUCCGUGCUCAGCUACUUGUGGAGGAGGUUACCAGCUGACGUCAGCUGAGUGCUUUGAUCUCCGGAGUAACCGUGUGGUCGCUGAUCAAUACUGCCACUACUACCCAGAGAACAUCAAGCCCAAACCCAAGCUUCAGGAAUGCAACUUGGAUCCCUGUCCAGCCAGUGACGGAUACAAGCAGAUCAUGCCUUAUGACCUCUACCAUCCCCUUCCUCGGUGGGAGGCCACCCCGUGGACCGCGUGCUCCUCCUCGUGUGGGGGGGGCAUCCAGAGCCGGGCAGUUUCCUGUGUGGAGGAGGACAUCCAGGGGCAUGUCACUUCAGUGGAAGAGUGGAAAUGCAUGUACACCCCUAAGAUGCCCAUCGUGCAGCCCUGCAACAUUUUUGACUGCCCUAAAUGGCUGGCACAGGAGUGGUCUCCGUGCACAGUGACGUGUGGCCAGGGCCUCCGGUACCGAGUGGUCCUCUGCAUUGACCACCGAGGAAUGCAUACAGGAGGCUGCAGUGCGAAAACAAAGCCCCACAUAAAAGAAGAAUGCAUCAUACCCACGCCCUGCUACAAGCCCAGAGAGAAACUUCCAGUAGAAGCCAAGCUGCCAUGGUUCAAGCAAGCCCAGGAGCUAGAGGAAGGAGCUGCUGUGUCCGAAGAGCCCUCGUUCAUUCCAGAAGCUUGGUCAGCCUGCACUGUCACCUGUGGUGUGGGAAUCCAAGUGCGAAUAGUAAGAUGCCAGGUGCUCCUGUCUUUCUCUCAGUCCGUGGCUGACCUGCCUGUGGAUGAAUGUGAAGGGCCCAAGCCAGCAUCGCAGCGUGCCUGUUACGCGGGACCAUGCAACGGGGAAAUUCCGGAGUUUAACCCAGAUAAUGCAGACCAACUCUUGGGUGACUUGCAGGACCUGGAUGAGCUGUAUGACUGGGAAUAUGAGGGCUUCACCAAAUGCUCUGAGUCAUGUGGAGGAGGUGUCCAGGAGGCUGUGGUAAGCUGCCUGAACAAACAGACCCGGGAGCUUGCUGAUGAGAACCUGUGCGUGACCAGCCGACGGCCCCCCCAGCUCCUGAAAUCCUGCAAUUUGGAUCCCUGCCCAGCAAGGUGGGAAAUUGGCAAGUGGAGCCCAUGUAGCCUCACCUGUGGGGUUGGCCUGCAGACCAGGGAUGUUGUCUGCUCCCACCUACUUUCCAGAGAGAUGAACGAGGUGGUGAUCCUGGCUGAUGAGCUGUGUCAUCACCCCAAACCAAACACAGUACAAGCCUGCAACCGCUUCAAUUGUCCCCCAGCCUGGUACCCUGCACCAUGGCAGAUGUGUUCUAGGACCUGUGGUGGAGGAGUUCAGAAACGUGAUGUUCUCUGCAAACAGCGUAUGGCUGAUGGCAGCUUCCUAGAGCUUCCGGAGACCUUUUGUUCAGCCUCCAAACCAACCUCCCAACAAGUGUGCAAGAAAGAUGACUGCCCCAGUGAGUGGCUUCUUUCUGACUGGUCAGAGUGCUCUGUGAGUUGUGGGGAGGGCACCCAGACUCGAAGUGCCAUUUGCCGGAGGGUGCUGAAAACCGGGAUCUCCGCUGUUGUCAAUUCCACCCUGUGCCCUCCCCUGCCCUUCUCUUCCUCCAUCAGACCCUGCAUGCUGGCAACCUGUGCAAGGCCUGGAAGGCCUUCCACGAAGCACAGCCCUCAUAUCGCAGCUGCACGAAAUAUAUACAUCCAGACCCGCAGGCAGAGGAAGCUGCACUUCGUCGUGGGAGGAUUCGCUUAUCUGCUUCCCAAGACUACUGUGGUGCUCCGUUGUCCCACACGCAGAUUCCGCAAGCCCCUCAUCACCUGGGAGAAGGAUGGCCAGCACAGCAUCAGCUCCGCUCAUGUCACUGUGGCUCCUUUCGGCUACCUGAAGAUCCAUCGCCUCAAGCCCUCAGAUGCAGGCAUCUACACCUGUUCUGCAGGGCCUGCUCAGGAGCAGUUUGUAAUUAAGCUCAUUGGAGGCAACCGUAAGCUAGCAGCCAAACCCCUGAGCCUUUGGAGUGAGGAGGAGGAGGCCCUGCAAGUGAAGAAGGCCAAUCCAAAGGACGCCUUGCAAACCCACAAACACCAAAAUGGCAUCUUCUCCAAUGGCAGCAAGGCUGAAAAGCGCGGCCUCACUGCAGACCCUGGGAAUCGCUAUGAUGACAUUGUGUCCAGGCUGCUGGAGCAGGGUGGUUGGCCAGGAGAGCUCCUGACCUCGUGGGAGGCGCAGGACUCGGCAGAAAGAAACGCAUCCUCCGAGGAGGAUCCCAGUGCUGAACAGGCCCUCUUGCAUCUCCCCUUCACCAUGGUGGCUGAGCAGAAGCGCUUGGAUGACAUCCUCAGGAACCUGUCCCAGCAGCCUGAGGAACUACGAGACCUCUACAGCAAGCACCUGGUGGCCCAGCUGGCCCAGGACAUCUUCCGCAGCCACUUGGAGAAUCAAGACAUGCUUCACAAGCCCUCUGAGCAGAGGUUUUCUCCCGUGGCCAUCCCACCUCGUAAACAUGUCUCUAGCUUCAGCAGCUCCCUAAGGAGCUCAUCUGGGGAGAUUGGGGGAGGCUCCCGCAGGCCCCACCGCAAGCCUACCAUCUUGCGAAAGAUCUCAGCAGCACAGCAGCUCUCAGCCUCCGAGGUGGUCACCCACCUGGGGCAGACUGUGGCUCUAGCCAGCGGGACACUGAGUGUGCUUCUGCACUGUGAAGCGGUAGGCAACCCAAGGCCUACCAUCCACUGGACCAGGAACGGAGAAGCGGUUCAGUUCAGUGACAGGAUUCUUCUACAGCCAGAUGAUUCCUUACAGAUCUUGGCACCAGUGGAAGCUGAUGUGGGCUUCUAUACUUGCAAUGCCACAAAUGCCUUGGGAUAUGACUCUGUCUCCAUUGCUGUCACAUUAGCAGGAAAGCCACUAGUGAAAACAUCUCGAGUGACAGUGCUCAACACAGAGAAGCCUGCAAUCACGAUGGACAUUGGUGGCACCAUCAGAACAGUUCGAGGAGUGAAUGUGACAAUUAACUGCCAAGUGGCAGGUGUGCCUGAAGCCGAAGUCACUUGGUUCAGAAAUAAAAGCAAAUUGGGCUCCUCCCACCAUCUGCAUGAGGGCUCCUUGCUGCUCAUAAAUGUGUCCUUCUCUGAUCAAGGCCUAUAUUCCUGCCGGGCAGCCAAUCUUCAUGGAGAACUGACAGAGGGGACGCAACUCCUGAUUCUAGAUCCCCCACAAGUCCCCACACAGUUGGAAGACAUCAGGGCCUUGCUCUUAGCCACUGGACCGAACCUUCCUUCAGUGCUGAUGUCUCCUCUGGGAACACAGCUGGUCCUGGAUCCUGGGAAUUCCGCUCUCCUUGGCUGCCCCAUCAAAGGUCACCCCACCCCCAAUAUCACCUGGUUCCAAAAUGGCCAGCCAAUUACCACUGCCCCACGGCUCACCCACCACAUCUGGGGAGCUGGACAGAUCCUCCAGGUUGCAAAUCUCAGUGGAUUGCCUCAAGGGGAGUUCAGCUGCCUGGCUCAGAACGAAGCAGGAACCCUUGUGCAGAAAGCAACUUUGGUGAUCCAAGAUUACUGGUGGUCUGUGGAGAGACUCUCGACCUGCUCAGCAUCUUGUGGUAAUAGAGGGAUUCAUCAGCCCCGCCUCAGGUGUUUGCUGAACAACACAGAGGUUGACCCUGAGCACUGUGCUGGAAAGCCCCGGCCUGCGGUGCAGCCCGUUGCCUGCAACCGGAGAGACUGUCCUUCUCGGUGGAUGGUGACUUCCUGGUCUGCCUGUACCCGGAGCUGCGGUGGAGGUGUCCAGACCCGCCGAGUGACCUGUCAGAAGUUGAAAGCAUCUGGGAUUUCUACCCCAGUGUCUAAUGACAUGUGUACCCAACUGGCCAAACGACCUGUGGAUACUCAGGCCUGUAACCAGCAACUGUGUGUGGAAUGGGCUUUCUCCAGCUGGGGCCAG